AUGUCUCGGAAUUUGAUGGACCAGGACUUCGGGUCCGAGGAGGAAGAUGAUGACUUCAACCCCGCACCCGCUGAAGAGUCGGAUAAUGAGGAGGCUCAUCAUGACAAGACCAGAAAACCAGACCGUGAUUCUGAUGCGCGAAAUGGAAGCGAUGAUGAAGGCGCUGAUGAGGCUGGCGAGGAAGACGAGGAGGAAAACGAGGAAGGCGGAGAAGGAGAAGGGGAUGAAGAGGAAGAUGAGGAGGAAGAUGAAGACGACGACGAUGUUUCGAAACCACGAAAGCGAAGAAAGGGACAUGGGGGGCUUAGUGCCUUCAUUGAUUAUGAAGCUGGUGUUGAUGAGGAGGAGGAUGAGGUUGUCUUCUCCAUCCAGAAACGCAUCGAGGACAGACCGCCCGGUUCUCGAAAUCCCAUCAAGAUCAUCUCGGCCUUCGAGCGUGGGGGCGCGAUGAGUGGCUACAUCUAUGUCGAAGCGCGGAGACAGGCCGAUGUCAUGGAUGCUUUACAAGACAUGUCAAACGUUUAUCCAAGGACGAAGAUGAUUCUGGUUCCGGUUAAGGAAAUGCCGGACCUACUGCGAGUGCAGAAGUCCGAGGAGCUCAACCCUGGCGGUUGGGUCCGGAUCAAGCGCGGCAAGUACAUGAAUGAUCUUGCUCAGAUUGAGGAGGUUGAGACGAACGGCCUGGCUGUCACUGUUCGUUUGGUCCCUCGUCUGGACUACGGUAUGAAUGAGGAUUCUGGUGCUCCUAUCAUGGACCCUAAGAGGAAACGGCCGGGAGCGAAUCCCGCUGUUGCACGUCCUCCACAGCGGCUGUUCAGCGAGGCCGAGGCCAAGAAGAAGCACAGCAAGUAUCUCACUGCGACGGCCGGCUUGGGUGCCAAGUCAUGGAACUACCUUGGCGAGACUUAUAUUGACGGUUUCCUGAUCAAGGACAUGAAAGUCCAGCAUUUGAUCACGAAGAACGUCAACCCUCGACUGGAGGAGGUCACCAUGUUUGCUCGUGACUCCGAGAAUGGUACUUCAAAUCUUGAUCUUGCUUCCCUUGCGGAAACACUCAAGAAUUCCACUGCGGAAGAAUCAUAUCUCCCUGGGGACCCAGUGGAGGUGUUCAAGGGCGAACAGCAGGGUCUUGUCGGUCGCACUAGUUCCACCCGUGGAGAUAUUGUGACUAUAUUGGUUACAGAAGGUGAGCUGGCUGGCCAAACGAUUGAAGCUCCUGUGAAGACUCUUCGCAAGCGCUUCAGGGAGGGAGACCACGUCAAAGUUAUCGGCGGUAGUAGGUACCAAGACGAGUUGGGUAUGGUUGUCCAAGUGAGAGACGACACAGUCACUCUUCUUAGCGACAUGAGCAUGCAAGAGAUUACUGUAUUCAGUAAAGACCUUCGCCUGUCCGCCGAGACGGGCGUUGAUGGGAAACUCGGCAUGUUCGAUGUUCAUGAUCUCGUCCAAUUAGAUGCCGCUACUGUUGCUUGCAUUGUCAAAGUCGAUCGUGAAUCAUUACGAGUCUUGGACCAGAACGGUUCUAUUCGCACUAUUCUCCCCUCCCAAGUCACGAACAAAAUCACACCACGACGAGACGCGGUGGCUACCGACAGAAAUGGUGCUGAAAUUCGGCAUGGAGAUACUGUUAGAGAAGUAUACGGCGAGCAACGCAGUGGUGUAAUCCUGCACAUCCACCGCUCCUUCCUGUUCAUCCACAACAAAGCCCAGGCUGAAAACGCAGGUAUUGUCGUUGUGCGUACUACCAAUGUUGUGACAGUAUCCGCAAAAGGAGGCAGACCUACAGGACCAGAUCUCUCCAAGAUGAACCCAGCUCUGAUGAGGAAUGGUGCUCCGGGUGGUAUGAUGGCACCUCCUCCCUCGAAGACUUUCGGACGGGAUCGACUUCUCGGCAAGACAGUCUUGGUUAAAAAGGGGCCUUUCAAGGGACUUCUUGGUAUCGUCAAGGAUACGACCGAUGUUCAGGCUCGAGUGGAACUUCAUUCGAAGAACAAGCUUGUUACUAUACCGAAAGAGCUCCUUGUUGUCAAAGAUCCUGUUACCGGCCAGACUAUCGAUAUUGGUCGUGGUAGGGGUGGUCCCCGGGUCCCUCAAAACUCAGCCGCUCCGUCAUCUGGCUGGCAGGGCGGUCGUACCCCAAUGGCCGCUGCCGAUUCUUCGAGGACACCCGCCUGGGGUGCGGCAAUGUCGUCAAGAACGCCUGCUUGGAGCGGUGCUGGUCUUGGUUCUCGCACACCAGCCUGGAAAGCCGACGGCAGCCGGACAGCCUAUGGCGGCGCAGGAUCACGCACACCCGCCUGGAACGCAGGUGCUCGAACCCCCUACGGCGGAGGCUUCGGUUCCGGCUCCGGCAACAGCGACUUCGACGCUUUCGCCGCCGGGUCCCGAACGCCCGCCUGGGGCGCAGCAUCCGGCAGCCGCACCCCAGCCUGGUCAGCUAGUGCUAAUACCACCAGCAGGAACGACAACAAGGCCUACGACGCCCCGACACCUGGGGCAACAUACUCGGCACCCACGCCUGGCGCAUAUGGCGGCGCUCCUACACCUGGUCUUUCAGCACCCACGCCUGGAGCCUGGGCUGAUAGCGCGCCAACACCUGGGGCGUACAAUGCGCCUACGCCCGCCGACUUUGGCGAAGGAAGUCGUCCGUAUGAUGCGCCAACACCAGCAAUGGGCGGCGCGGCUGCUACACCGGGUGCUGGGGCAUAUGGUGAUACGGAUGAUGGUGCUCCCAGGUAUGAGGAAGGAACGCCCAGUCCUUGAUAUUCGUGUGACGCAUGUUUAUGAG